AUGAUCGACAAUUUUGAUUCUAGCCAAGAAGUGCUACUUUCAACUGUGGAUGUUCAAGAAGAACGUCGCAAGGUAAAUUGUUCGUUUUACGUGAAGAUUGGCGCAUGCCGACAUGGUGAUAAAUGUUCGAGACUUCAUACACGGCCAACUUGUAGUAAGACAAUUUUGUUAAAAAAUCUUUACAAUUUUGCUGGCACUUUUCGACAAGAUAUUUCUAAAGAAAGAGAACAACUUGAAUUUGACGAAUUUUUUCGUGAGGUUUACAUGGAAAUCUAUAACGAAUACGGAGAAAUUGAAGUAAUGAAUGUAUGUGAUAACGCAGGUGAACAUAUGCUUGGCAAUGUUUAUGUUAAAUUUCUACACGAGUCAAGCGCAAAUAAUGCAGUAGAAAGUUUAAAUAAUCGAUGGUUUGAUGGUAAGCCAAUUCAUUGUGAACUUUCACCAGUUUACGAUUUUCGUGAUGCCUGCUGUCGACAAUAUGAAAAUGGGGAGUGUAGCCGUGGUGGUUUCUGUAAUUUUAUGCAUCUUAAAAAAGUUAGCACAUCAUUGAAACGUAAAUUGGACAAAGAAACUGGCAAAUCUCAACGAAAAAAAACAGAAAAAAAAUAUCAAAAAAUAAACGAAAAUAGUAGUAAAAAAAAUGAUCAAGUAUUACCGAAGAAAUACCAAAAUCAAUCAAGUAGUGAAGAAUCAUCUUGGUCCGAUUGCGGUCCAUCGUCAUCAUUUAGAAAUGAUCGUUCCUCAACACCAUUUGCAUUCCGAGCUGAUCGUUAUGCAUCUGAUGUCAGUGAAUCUGAUUCAGAAAUAGAUCCCGAAUUCGAGGCCCAUAAACAGUUUAUACGAAGACAAAGAUGGGAAGAAUUACGUAGUAAAUUUGAAAUGCAACAGAAUUGGGAUGAAGAUCGAGAGCGGAAAUUUGUGUUCUCUUUAUUGUAA